AUGCUAUUUCACGGACCAUCACUCGGUACGCCUGGCUCAACUACAGGUUUAAUCGUGAAGAUUGAAACGGGUCAAUGCAUCGACAAACACGUAAAUAUGGUGUUACGCACCAGACGGUAUUUUAGCGAGCUACAGUCGUUCAAGGUCUCCCUGUUGGCAAACAGGGGCUAUGGUUAUGGCACGAAACAGCCAGGCUGCAGCGUACUCUACAUAUUUUUGUGGAGGACCGAGAGUUAUUCCACAAAUAACGACGGGCAUGAUAUGCGAAUAGGUCGUAAAGCGGCAACGGAAUUAUUGCUACAUAUCUUUUGCGAAUAUUUUUCGAGGGCUAUCAAUUGA